CCUGACAAGUUCCACGAGGCCACCACACGAACCAUCAACAACACACAACAAACCCAACACACACACCAGAGCAAGCUGAAGCCAGACACUCCGUUUCUACUACGUAUUCCUUUUUUAGGUUUUGAAGCCUUGUUGCCAUCGUUUUGCUGCAGUAGACGCUGGGAUUCCUAGCUCAUUCUUGAUCUACAGCUCAGAUUUAUAACGUUUGGAAACCAUGAGAUUUCACAAGUCUGCAAUGGCGCUGGUGGCCGCCAUGAGCCUCUCUGUGGAAGUGUCAUCGACAGCUUCCCCUAUCGGAGGGGGCACAGGACCUGCAUAUUCCUAUUCUCAGCAGCAACAACAAUGGUAUGGCCAGCAAGGUCAGUAUGGUGAGCCUCAGCAGGUGCAAAUGCAGGAACCAGAACAACAACAGCAGGCGACAACCACACAGGAACCAGAACCACUCAGUACCGGUAGCGAAGACAGCCGAGAGAAUCUUCCGCCACUUCCACCAGGAUGGUCCGAACAUCUAGAUCCUGCUUCAGGACAGUACUAUUAUUACAAUUCAGCCGAUGGAACCACCACCUGGGAUCGGCCCUCUCCACCCCCAACCGAAGAGACGAAGGAAGAAACACCACAAGUACCGGAACAACCACCGGAAAGUACUGAUCCGAGCUAUCAAGAUCCUUCUGCUUCAGCAGCAGUGAAUGAGCCAGCGGAGAAUCCAACUGAAUCAGCCGACCAGUCCAAUGUGGAUAUGGCCUCGUCGUUUCACAAGGAACCCGAACAGGCCAACAACCCCACUGCUGGUGAAGGACUACAACAGCAACAACCACCUCAGGGAUCUUGGCAGCAGGGUCAAGGGUGGGGCACGCCACCGCCCAAUCAGGAGCCCGUGAGUGGAAAGCCUCCAGAAAGUCACCAGCAGCAACAACAACAGCAGCAGCAAAUGCCCUCCCCUGGCUGGGGCAUGCCAAGCAACCAGCAGCCACCCAAGCAAGUGACGGAGGACAGACAACAACCACAUCAACAGGAACAGAACCAGCAACCUCGUCCUGCAACGAAUCUGCAACAACCCCAAGGAUGGGGCAUGCCACCAAGGUCCGAAGAUAACAAACCAGCGAAUCCUCAAAGUGGAGGUCCUCCUCGAACGGGAGCGUGGGGCAUGCCCGCACCUGGCCAGAAUGCUCCGCCAAGGUCGCAGCAAGGAAUGCCCCCCAACCAGCGGGGAGCUCCUCCACAGAGUCAGGGUGGUCCACCUCGUCCUGGUCAAAGCAACAUGCCACCUCAGAUGCGCCAAAAUGUGCCUAGGCCACAACAACCAAACCAGCAGCAACCAGGUGGAACACGAGGACCUCCUCCACAGCAGCAGCAACCACCACGCCAGGGCAAUCCCCAACAACAGCAGCAGGGCAGCCCUCAACGACAAUAUCCCCCAGCUGGCCAACAUCCCUACGGCGACCAAUACGGUGCCUACGGACAAUAUCCCGCCGGUCAAUACAGACCACCACCGGGACAGCAGCAACAACAAGGUGGAUAUCCUCGCCCCCCACAAGGCCAAAUGACGACCCAGCCCGACGGUGCUGUCGGCGAGGCAUUGGGAGGAGCCUGGAAGAGUCUAUUGGGUUUUGGAAGCAAGACAGCUGAGACUGUGGCACAAGCACGCGAAACCGUGGCCACAAAGGCGGCCGAGGCGUCUCAGACACUUUCCACUACCAGCUCCAGUUGGCUUGACAUUGCCAAGAACUCUGUGGGUUCCUUUUUUGAAGGCGGGAAUGACGCCAACAAGCCAGGUGGAUACUCUCUGUCGGGUGCACAACCACCGCCCCAAGGAGCGUCUGGGCCUCCCGGCAGUGGUCCUCCCCCAGGAUACCGUGGUUACCCACCUCAGGGCGGGUAUCCGCCAAGAGGGUACCCACAACCUGGUCAGCAACCACCACGACCCCAGGGCCAGCAGCCACCUCCUGGGUAUCCUCAACAACGACCUCCACAAGGUUAUCAGCCUCGUCGUGAUCAGGCCUACCCUCAACCAGGGCAGCAGCAACAACAGCAGCAGCAACGAGGCCAGCAACAGCCGAUGCAAAAUCAAUGGGGUCCGGGCAAUCCUCCCCAGCAACCAGGAGGCUAUCCGCAGCAAGGCUACCCUCCUCGAGGCAGUCAACAGCAAGGGCAACAACGACCUCCAGGCCAACAGCAAGGCAAGCCACAGGGGAACAACCAGCAGCAACCACCCUCUAACCCAUGGUCGCAUCCAGGACUAGGCCCUGAUUACUGAAGGGUCUAUGGAAUUGAAAAGAUGUCCUGUGACAGCGUCCAUUGAAAUUCAUGAGGAACUUCUUAGAAACAUAUUAUUCGAUUGGCUUAAAAAACUAAGAUGCACAGCGAUAACACAGUGUAACGAUUGAAGAUUCGAUUCGAUUUGAUUUCCCA